AUGCCAACCACUCUUCUGACAGCAUCCGACGAUUCGGACGAUGGCGGGCUGGAGCGAAGGCCACCGAGGAGACGAUUUUUUCAGAAGUCUGAGAGGGGUUCCAAACGAUUCGUGCUCGAUAUCAGCUUCUGCCAUUGCCUUUUGCUCAGUAUUCUGUCAUUGUCACUGAUAUAUGUGGCUUUGAAUACGUAUUCCCUCACGAAACACUACGCAGAACUACGGGAAAGCGUAUCCGCAGUUGCACAGCUGACGAACCGAUUGGAAACCCUUGAAUUUGGUAUGAACAGACUUCGUCUUGAAUUUGAUUUUUGGAAGGAAAAUUUCUCGAACGAUUCGACCCACGAAGCUACCGAUUAUAUCUUUGAUGUGAUGAAAAAGUUAACAUUAGAUGUGCGAGAAAUGAAGAAACGGGUCGAAAUGGCCACCCGUGUGACAGAUGAUGUGACACGGCGGAUGACAACGGUUGAAACCCGUUGUCUGAAUGUCUGCCGGCAAUCAUCACGUCGUGAAGGAGACAAGCAACGACGACGACAGGCUGCUAAGGUCCUUUCGGAUGAUGAUGAGAUUAUUUUCAGAAGAAAUUGA